AUGGCCAAGCAUGCCGUUGGACCCAUGCCAAUCGAGGACUUCAUGAAGUUCAUACCUGAAUGCCUUCAACGCCCUGAUACAACGAUGCCGGAUAGUCGUAAAGCAUUUAGCAAAGUUCCAAAGCACGGGGACGUCGGCUUUAAGAAUGAACGCUCACUCUAUGAUCCAAUUAAUGAGGCGUUUAACACCAAACGGAAAACAACACACGGAAUGAUGACCCGUUGUCCAGGCGUUACCUUUUACAACACUUCUGACCAGCCGGGACCUGGCAAAUAUUCAACCAAGGUUGACAGUAGCGGAUACGCUCAAGCACAUCUUGAGUUUGUAAAAAAUGCAGGAUCCUCAGCUAUCGUAUCGAAUCCAGGUUUCUGGCAGCUUUUCUGGGAGGGAAAAAUGACCGAUUUUGCUGGCGAGAGCGGUGUUUUAUUUGAACACAUUACCGACGAGAGGAAGAAGCAACGCGUUAUCGCUGAUUUUGGUCAGACUGCAUUCUAUGCUGUACAAAUGUUGGCGAACCAGUUCCGCGAUUUUGCUUUUUCAAUCUCGAUGACUGACGAAACUGCACGACUACUACGAUGGGACCGCUCUGGUGUGAUCUUCUCUGAGGCUAUUCAUUAUCGCAGGAAUCCCGAACCCCUGUGUCGGUUCCUUUGGCGUUUUGGGAACGCCAAUCCAUCGCAGCGUGGUGCAGACAUGACUGUGCACCAAUGCAUCACGGAAGCUGAGGAGGUGCUCUUUCGAGAUACUAGGCUGGCAAAAGCGCUAGAAAAGCAUUACGAACCUGGUCAGGUCUGCAUAGUCGAGGUAUUCAAACAUCGGGAGGACCAGUCGCUUUCAUCAGUCGUCGAAAUCUCGAAGUCAGGAGCAGGAGCAAGCUCGCGCAGAGACUCGCAAAUUCCUGGUGUCUCGACCAGUAACCUCACCAUGCUCACUGGCCUCGCAGUUCUACUCGCUGGGUACUGGGCUGUCGAUCUACAGACCAAAACCAUUGUCUUCUUGAAAGACUGUUGGCGUGCCAAGGUCGAAGCGGUAGAUAUGGAAGGUUUGAUGCUCCAGAAUCUUCGAGCAAGCGUCUAUGUCGAGAGCCAUGCCGAGACGGCAGUCACGUUAACAUCGAAGCAUACCAAAGAUAGUUGGAAUAAAGGUUCAAAGAGCAUUAGGGUCCGAACCCAUUAUAGAAUGGUUACUGCUGAGGUGGGCUACGCGCUGCAGGAGACCUUCGCUGGGACGCGGGAGCUUAUCAGUGGCUGCCAGGAUGUGUUCCAUGUUCUAUACAAAGCAAUAACACUUGCAGACAUUAUGCAUCGAGAUAUCUCAUCGACUAAUAUCAUUCUCGUUGCUGAUGAGAUGCACAACUUUGGAAACCGAGUCGCCUAUGUAAUCGACUGGGAAUUUGCUUUAGCAGCUAAUCGACAAGGAAAACAUCGGGACUGGUGGAGAACGGGCACAGUUGCUUUCAUGUGUAUAAAUGCUCUACCAAGUACUAUUGAUGAAGAGGGCCAUUACACCCAUUUCUUCGGUUAUGACGUGGAGUCACUCGUCUAUGUGGCUCUGUAUUGUGGAUUAUACCGCCUACCAUGGAAAAGCUAUUCGGAGAAACGUCACCAGUUCUUUCUGCAAAACCUCUUUAAUUAUGACAGAGGCUGUGCUUUCAAGUGGCAACUUGUGACACGGAAGAAAGAUGACUUGUGGGCUGUUUUUGAAGGACCGGAGUUCUGCAAGUGGUUCAAGGCGGCUUUGAACCUUAUUUCUAUGUGGUACCCUACCCCUGAGUCGCUUCCUUCUCCUCAAGCUAUCCUUACUGAAUUUUCGAAAACCGUUGAAGUGAACCCGGCGUCUUUGGAUGAACGUGAUGCUGUUUCUCGCAAAAUGCCUGUUCGGGGUCUCCCAAUAGGAGCUGUUAACUGUGCUACACAAUCCUCCUCACCCAAAACUCCAGACACUUCGAAAGAACCAUUGCGCAGAUUACGCAGCCAUGUGGUUGACUCGUCACCACCUGAAGGAGCACCGAGGCGUGGGAUGAUUCUGAGAGGGCGAGGCCAGCCGCGCGGCUCCCCUUCCAAUGCUGUUGGCAGAAACACCCGCAGGAGAAAGCAGCCAGGCGAUGAAAUAGGAGAUGGGAUGGACGGAGAGCAUCACAAGAAAAGAAAGAAAAGUAGAAAGUAG